AUGUGGCGAGCACUGCACCCACAGCGGACGGAGGCAGCGGUGGCAUCGGCAGUAGCAGCAGCAGCAGCAGCAGUAGAACGAUCGAUUGGCGGCAGCGACGACGACGACGACGACUACGACCAGCAGGAACAUCAUGUACGUUGUUCAAAAUUGCCCCGUGCACCAUCGCUCGCAUCCCCCGUACCAGUCCCAAUGGUACUUGGAUGCUAUAGGCUACGCUACCGUGCAACCAAACCACCUGGCAACUGCAUUGACCGCGUUGAAGACAUACAUUUUUAG